AGAGAGAGAGAGAGAGAGAGAGAGAGAGCAAUUUUUGUUUGGUCAAGAAUCGAGAAUCAAAUGGAAUCACCAUUUAAAGCAAAUAUCCUGAAAGGAAAGGUAGCUUUGAUAACAGGAGGUGGUUCAGGAAUUGGGUUUGAAAUAUCAACACAAUUUGGUAAACAUGGUGCCUCUGUUGCCAUCAUGGGUAGGCGCAAGCAAGUUGUUGAUUCUGCUGUUGCUAAUCUGCAAUCACUUGGGAUUUCUGCUGCUGGAUUUGAGGGGGAUGUUCGCAAGCAGGAAGAUGCAAAAAGAGUUCUUGAAUCAGCAUUUAAACAUUUUGGCAAGAUUGAUAUUCUGGUGAAUGGUGCAGCUGGCAACUUUCUUGUAUCUCCUGAGGAUUUGUCUCCUAAUGGAUUUCGAACAGUUUUGGAUAUUGAUGCUGUUGGCACCUUCACAAUGUGCCAUGAAGCACUUCCUUAUCUCAAGAAAGGAGGGCUUGGACAAAGCUUAUCUGGAGGUGGAAUAAUUUUAAAUAUAAGUGCUACCUUACACUAUACAGCAGCUUGGUAUCAAAUAAACGUAGCUGCAGCAAAGGCAGCUGUUGACGCCAUAGGUAGAAACUUGGCACUGGAGUGGGGUACUGACUAUGAUAUUAGGGUGAAUGGGAUCGCUCCGGGCCCCAUUAGUGGCACUCCUGGCAUGAGUAAGCUUGUUCCGGAAGAGAUAAAUAGCAAAGCUAAAGAUUUCAUGCCUCUGUAUAAACUAGGAGAGAAAUGGGACAUUGCUAUGGCCGCUCUCUACCUUUCUUCUGAUGCUGGUAAAUACGUCAAUGGAACCACUCUCAUUGUUGACGGGGGACUUUGGCUGAGCCGUCCUCGCCACAUUCCAAAAGAUGAAGUCAAGCAGGUUUCCCGAGCUGUCGAAAAGAAAUCCCGAAAUGCACCAGCUGGGGUUCCAUCUAGCAAGCUCUAAGUAAGCCUAAAAAUCAUUUGUUUCCUGCCGGAAAACACAUCAGAUAUUAAACUUUCUGGGUGUGACAUUCUUCCCACUCAAAGCAACAAUAAUAACUGCAGCUCCAAACUCUCCAGUCAGUUGUAUUGUAAAAUAAAAUCAUUGGUUUGAUAUCAA